AAAUUGUAUCGCUUUCAGGUAUCCUUGUUGCGAAAGCCCUUUCAUAGACAUUACCUAUGAAAUCCAUCUCCGACGAAAAACGCUCUUCUACACCGUAAACUUGAUAUUUCCCUCAGUAGGUAUAAGUUUUCUCACAGCUCUCGUCUUUUACUUGCCAUCAGACGGUGGCGAAAAGAUAUCACUCUGUAUAUCUAUCCUCAUUUCUCUCACUGUAUUCUUUUUGUUGUUGGUUGAGAUCAUUCCGUCGACUUCUCUUGUCAUACCAUUGAUAGGCAAAUACCUCCUUUUCACCAUGGUGCUGGUCACACUCAGCGUCGUCGUCACUGUCGUUACGCUGAACGUCCAUUAUCGAUCACCGACCACCCACAACAUGCCAGAAUGCGUACGGCACUUUUUCAUAGAAGUGCUCCCCAAGUACUUGCUAAUGAAAAGGCCACCGCAGCCUGGAAACAAGACGAUACAACAUAAUUGA